CCUCAUCCCAGGACUCUAUCCCUCUUCCCGAUUCGUCGGAAUUCCUGGAUGGAGUCACAUUUGUUCAAGGCCAGGGAAGAAGGCUUGACGGAGGCCUGCAGGAAACAAUGCUAGGCGCAAGGCUUUAGGAGCUGAGGCAUAACUUCUGCGAGAUAGAAACAAGGUUGACCUGGGCAUUUGCGCGGAAUGACGGGCUCUUUUUGGACUCCCAGAACUACUGCCCCGUCUGCACUUUCGGAGCUGCUGCCAGCCCCAGCGCACAGAGGGACGCGUAGUCCUUUCGCUGCCCCGCCCUCAGGUCCCGCCCGCCUCCAAGGCCGCCCUCGCUUCGUCCUUCCCAGCAAGCUCCGCGCCGGCGCCGGCUAUUGAUUGGCUGCGGCGGGUGCAGGCUGCUCGCCGGCAGUGGUUACUCGGGGUUUCCGGUGGAGGCCAGAGCUGGAGAAGCCGUCGGACGUCGGUUGUGAGGAUCUCCUUCUGACCCAGCAUCGCUCAUCACAAUGAAGAACCAAGACAAAAAGAACGGGGCUGCCAAACAAUCCAACCCAAAAAGCAGCCCGGGACAACCGGAAGCGGUACCCGAGGGAACCCAGGAGCGGCCCAGCCAGGCGGCUCCUGCGGCAGAAGCUGAAGGUCCCGGCAGCGGGCAGGCUCCUCGGAAGCCGGAGGGGGCACAAGCCAAAACAGCUCAAUCUGGGGCCCUCCGUGAUGUCUCUGAGGAGCUGAGCCGCCAAUUGGAAGACAUACUGAGCACAUACUGUGUGGACAAUAACCAGGGGGGCCCAGGCGAGGAUGGGGCACAGGGUGAGCCGGAAGAUGCAGAGAAGUCCCGGACCUAUGUGGCAAGGAAUGGGGAGCCUGAGCCAUCUCCAGUAGUCAAUGGAGAAAAGGUACCCUCCAAGGGGGAGCCAGGCACAGAAGAGAUCCGGCCGAGUGAUGAUGUGGGAGACCGAGACCACCGAAGGCCACAGGAGAAGAAAAAAGCCAAGGGUUUGGGGAAGGAGAUCACGUUGCUGAUGCAGACAUUGAAUACUCUGAGUACCCCAGAGGAGAAGCUGGCUGCUCUGUGCAAGAAGUAUGCUGAACUGCUGGAGGAGCACCGGAACUCACAGAAGCAGAUGAAGCUCCUGCAGAAAAAGCAGAGCCAGCUGGUACAAGAGAAGGACCACCUGCGUGGUGAGCACAGCAAGGCUGUCCUGGCCCGUAGCAAGCUUGAGAGCCUGUGCCGUGAGCUGCAGCGGCACAACCGCUCCCUUAAGGAAGAAGGUGUGCAGCGGGCCCGGGAGGAGGAGGAGAAGCGCAAGGAGGUGACUUCGCACUUCCAGGUGACAUUGAAUGACAUUCAGCUGCAGAUGGAACAGCACAAUGAGCGCAACUCCAAGCUGCGCCAAGAGAACAUGGAGCUGGCUGAGAGGCUCAAGAAGCUGAUUGAGCAGUAUGAGCUGCGAGAGGAGCAUAUCGACAAAGUCUUCAAACACAAGGACCUACAACAGCAGCUGGUGGAUGCCAAGCUCCAGCAGGCCCAGGAGAUGCUAAAGGAAGCAGAAGAGCGGCACCAACGGGAGAAGGAUUUUCUCCUGAAAGAGGCAGUAGAGUCCCAGAGGAUGUGUGAGCUGAUGAAGCAGCAGGAGACCCACCUGAAGCAGCAGCUUGCCCUAUACACAGAGAAGUUUGAGGAGUUCCAGAACACACUUUCCAAAAGCAGCGAGGUAUUCACCACUUUCAAGCAGGAGAUGGAAAAGAUGACUAAGAAGAUCAAGAAGCUGGAGAAAGAAACCACCAUGUACCGGUCCCGGUGGGAGAGCAGCAACAAGGCCCUGCUUGAAAUGGCUGAGGAGAAAACAGUCCGGGAUAAAGAGCUGGAGGGCCUGCAGGUAAAAAUCCAACGGCUGGAGAAGCUGUGCCGGGCACUGCAGACAGAGCGCAAUGACCUGAACAAGAGGGUACAGGACCUGAGUGCUGGUGGCCAGGGCUCCCUCACUGACAGUGUCCCUGAGAGGAGGCCAGAGGGGCCUGGGGCUCAAGCACCCAGCUCCCCCAGGGUCACAGAAGCACCUUGCUAUCCAGGAGCACCAAGCACAGAAGCAUCAGGCCAGACUGGGCCUCAAGAGCCCACCUCCGCCAGGGCCUAGAGAGCCUGGUGCUGGGGCAUGCUGGGAAGGGAGCAGUAGCCCAGCCAGGCCUGGCCCAUAAAAGGCUCCCGUGCUGAGCAGCCCAUUGGUGAAGCCAGGAUGUUCUGACCUGGCUGGCAUCUGACACUUGCAAUUUUGGAUUUUGUGGGUCAGUUUUACGUACAUAGGGCAUUUUGCAAGGCCUCAUGCAUUUAUACCUGUAAGUGUACAGUGGGCUUUGCAUUGGGGGUGGAGGUGUGUACAGAUGAAGUCAGUGGCUCCUUUGUGAGCUGAAGAGUCUUGAGAGGGCUGUCAUCUGUAGCUGCCUUCACGGUGAGUUGGCAGAACAAGUGACUUAAGCAUUUCUCUGCCUAAUUUGAGGCUCAGACCCCUCCCUGCCCUUCAGAGCUCAAGACAAGUGAUGUACCCAGGUCUUGACUGCAUUUCUCUUGUGAGCAGGGCUUGCUUGGGCAGCUCAGGCUCUCCUAGCUGCUCUGGAGGCUCCUUUGCUUCUCUAGACCUGGAAAAUGUGUCCCCAGGCAGAGCCCUGGCAGGGCGCUUAGAGCUGGUGAUUUCCUGCCUAGGACAAGAGACCUGGAGAAUGUUUUUAUGUGGGAUGAUGCACUGGUCGGGAGCCCUUUGGGCAUUGCUCCCCCUGCCCUUUGGUAGUGCCAGGACCAGGCCAACGAUGCUUCUCAGUAGCCUUACAUUCACAGGUGCCUCUCUAGCCUGCACAAAUGAUUGACGAGAUCACCCAAAGGAUUCUUUCUGAAGGUGUUUUUUUCUUUCUUUCUGUUUUUUCUUUUCUUUUUUUGCACUGACAGUGUUUGUCUUGAGGAUCUUCUGAGGAAGAGGGGUGCUGUGGCAGUGGCACCUGGGUGCCUGGCCUCCAGUGUCCCAUCCCCUUCACCCCACUUGGCUCCUUUGCCAUCUUGGUGCUGAGGUUUCCUGUGUGGUGAGAUCAGGUUGUAUGUUGUAAGAGAAAGGAAAGGGCUUCUGAUGGCUUUGCCGCAAGCUUACCUGUGGGUUUCUGUCCUGAGAGGCCACCCCCAGUUCCCAUCAGCACUAUCUCCAUGCAGCAGUUGCUGGGCCCCAGGUCCAGCUGCCUCCUUGGCUUCAUGGGUUUUUCUGCUUCCUGCCCCCACCCCCACAUGUACAGUCCUCAAGAUUUGUCCUGAUUCCAUUUCCUGGCACCUCUCUGCCUGUCCUUGGGGAUUUCACUUCUGUGUGGGAGCCCAUAGCUGUUGUCUGACAGGUAGGAAAUGAAAUUGAAUUAUUGACUGGGCCCUAGAAAUCCACAAAAUGGUUGCAGACGGUUGCUUCUGUGUCCUAUUCUCCCCCCACCCCUGUAUAUAACUACUAUAUACUGUGUAGAGCCAUUCUAUAUGCUGAAUGUUCUGCUGUUGCAAACUUGCCAGGGUAUUAGCCAGUCUUUAUGCAAAGCAGUUUUCUGGGACAAUAGAAUGAGUCACACACCAAGAUGGGUAGGAGGUUAGGGCUUUGCUUCUUGCUGUUUUUCUUUGAAGCUAGUUCAUUGUCCUUCAGGUCCUUCAUCUUCCCUACCCAGCCCACUCUUUUAGCCCUUAAAUCUCAGAUAAAUUGGUUCACAAAGAAUGUUAAGUACAGAAUCAUAUAUGACUGAGACCAGAGAUGGCAAAUGAAUGGCACACCAUUUCUCCUCCUGCCCCAGAGCAGGUACCACUGUUCUGCAUCAGAGUUGUCCACUAUUCUCUGGUGUAUCCUUACUUCGCAUCUAGGUGCCCUCAAGCAGCUGUGUGAGCGUUGAGAUCUCCGCCAUCCCUGGCUGAGAUACUGCUGUCCUGUGAAGUGUUUCCCAAGAUCUUUUUCUUCCCCUUUGAAUCUCUGUGUCUGGAGUACUCCUUGCCUCUUCCUGCUCCAGUAGGGCCUUUUCCUUACCCCAGCCCCUGUGCCCGGCUUAGCUGGUACAAGAGCUGCCAACCCUACAGAGUUUGCUAGGUGAGAGAGGUGCAGAGAAGAGGCAGAGGUAUGCACCUUCCCUCUUGAAGAGAGGGAAAAGGCCUACAGUGGCCCACAUCAUUGCCUGACUCACUUCAGCUACCUCUUACAGCCUGUGGAGGGACUGGAGCUGCUGGAUCCCAGUGUGGUGGGUAUGGGAGGCCACGGUGAGCAGGUGGCCCCAUCUGGGUUUCCCAGGUUAGGAAUAUGGACACCAGACAAAGUAUAGCCUUUGCUCACAGCUGCAUCCAUGUCUAGACUUUCAGGCCAGUCUGCAGGUGGGAGUCCCUACCUUUUUUUCCUCUUCGUUGACCAAAUCAUAACCAAUCACUACAGCUGCUCUGCUUCUGCUUUCCAAAGUAGCCCAGGUCCUGGGCCAGAUGCAGGGGAGGUGCCUAUCCAUGAGUGAAGGCCAUUGCCUUCCUCACCCGGGUGGGUCCCACACUUGUGACCUCAGUUUUAGGACCAAGAGCUGUGUUGGUUUCUUAGAUUGCUAGCUUUUCCUCCAGGGGACCACAGCAAGUGAAGCUCAGAGUCCACGGCUCUGCUAACAAGUUGUUUUCAGGGCCUUGUCCAGCUGAGAGCUUCAUGUCCACCAGAUUCUGAGAGGUGUCAGCAGCACUUUUUUUUUUAUGUUGUUUGUUUUCCAUGAGGUUUUUGGACCAUGGGCUGAGCUCAGGCACUUUCUGUAGGAGAAUGUUAUUUCUGUAAAGACAGUUAUUUAACCCUCCUCCACCCCAUCAUGGCGGCCCUGAGGGCUGACCCAGAGGCCAGUGGAGCUGCCUGGUGUCCACGGGGGAGAGCCAAGGCCUGCUAAGCUGAUUCUCCAGCUGCUGCCACAGCCCACCCACCUUGCACAGCACAGAGGUGGUCACUCCAGGGAUAGCCAGGCACCUGCUCCUCUUGCCCUUCCGGGGCGGGGGGCUGCCUUCUGUUCCUGUAACUGCUUUCCUUAUGGCCCAGCCCGGCCACUCAGACUUGUUUGAAGCUGCUGCACUGGCAGCUUUUUGUCUCCUUUUGGUAUUCACAACAGCCAGGGACUUGAUUUUGAUGUAUUUUAAACCACGUUAAAUAAAGAGUCUGUUGCCUUA